AUGGCAAUCAUCCCUAAAGGCAUAGUGCUUUGUGUGCUAACACUCGCCACAAUAAGCUGGGCAAGAAAAGUUGAUUUUGUAGAGGAUAAUGUGAAAUCACAAUGUGGGCUCACUAGGUAUCCAGCCUUGUGCGCUCAAACCCUGACAGGAGGAGGAUUAGCACCAAAUGUCCAUAUUCUGUCGGCCCUUGUAAACGGAACCCUAUCCGAAUCCAAGCUGCCCGAUUCAAAUUUCGAGGCGCUUAGCUCCCAUUUUAUCUCUCCCGAAGCACAACAAGCCCGGUUGGCCAUCGAUGACUGCCACGAUCUCAUGGGAAUGUCGGUGAGAAGACUGAACCAGGCCGUGCAAGCACUAGAGACAAAGUCACCGGAAAAACACAAAGAGGACAUCCAGACAUGGCUGAGCGCCGCCAUAACUUUCCAGCAGGCCUGCAAGGACUCGGUCGAGGGUCACGUGGCAUCCAAUGCUUACGCCGCCGAGAUUCACAGGAAAAUGGACCAUCUUUCUGAGCUCGUGAGCAACCCGUUGGCCCUCACAAACCGGAUCACGCAAGACCCGACCGCAAGGUUAUUCCCCAAGGGCCGCGAGCUUGUCGACCCAAAGAGCUUCCCAAGCUGGGUGUCUGGGCCCGACCGGAGACUGCUCCAGUCCACUGAAAUAAGAGCAAAUGCUGUGGUGGCUAAGGACGGGAGCGGAGACUACACUACGGUGACGGAGGCAAUAGAGGCCGCGGUUGGGGGCCGGUUCGUGAUAUACGUGAAAGCCGGGACAUAUAACGAGAAGAUCGACAGUAAUAAGGAUGGGAUUAUGCUGAUUGGCGAUGGGAAAUACUCGACAAUUAUUACUGGGAGUGGGAGUGUGGCCAAAGGCUCCACUCUUCGGGGGUCUGCAACGUUUACAAUCACCGGCGACGGGUUCAUCGCCCGGGACAUUGGGUUCUCGAACACGGCUGGGGCCCACGCGGAGCAAGCAGUGGCCCUAACAGUGUCCUCCGACCGCUCAGUGGUGUACCGGUGCAGCAUCGCCGGGCUUUCCGGGAGGGUCGGGUGGCCCGGGUUCAGGGUUAUCGGGCCGGCCGAGGCCGCCAAGUUUACGGUGGCAAACUUUAUUGGAGGGAAUUCGUGGCUGCCAUCCACAGGGGUGACUUUUGUUUCCGGCCUGUGA